UCUGCCCUGCUUUACAAGCAGGCUGCGGGGCAGCGCGUGGAGAGAGGCCGGGCUCCGGCGCUCCGGUCUAAAGGGGAGACACCGCAGGCGUCGAGACAAUUAACUGAACACAGACCGAGUCGGUGACCAUAAACGCUGUUAGGACUCGGCUGUUCCUUGCUCUGCCUGAUACUGAACUGACUUCAGGAAAACACAGUCCGUGGCUGGGAAGAGUCCUCAUCAGCUCCCAGCUGAGAAAAUUGAAGUUCAAGAGGAAUUUGCUCCAGGGGUCAGACCGUCAUCAGUGACACGAUGGAUUGUCUCAUUGCAGCAAACUCCAAAUUUUGCUUUGACUUUUUUCAAGAGAUAAGCAAAAGCGAUGGUUCUAAAAACAUCUUCUUCUGUCCUCUGAGCCUGUCAGCUGCCCUUGGCAUGGUCCGUCUGGGGGCCAGAAGUGACAGUGCACACCAGAUUGACCAGGUCCUCCACUUCAACGAGUUUUCCCAGAGUGAAAGCAAAGCGGGGGACCCCUGUCUGAAAGACAAAGAGCGGGAGGUGCUGGCCCACAGCUCCCUGGAAGGGUCGAAAGGAGCCUCUCCGCAGGCGGGGUCUUCUGAGGAUGAAAGUACGCGUCUCAGUUACUGCUUUGGGCAGCUUCUGUCCAGAUUAGAUAGAAUCAAAGCUGAUUACACCCUGAGCAUUGCGAACAGGCUCUACGGAGAGCAGGAAUUUCCAAUCUGUCCGGAGUACUCGGAAGGCGUGAUUCAGUUUUAUCACACAACCAUCGAAAGUGUGGACUUCCGGAAAGACACUGAGAAGUCCCGGCAGGAGAUUAACUUCUGGGUGGAGUCUCAGUCCCAAGGUAAAAUCAAGGACCUCUUCAGCAAGGACACCAUCAACAACUCGACUGUGCUUGUGCUGGUGAACGCGGUGUACUUCAAGGCCAAGUGGGCGAAAUACUUUGAAAGUGAAAACACGGUGGACGCGCCUUUCUCUCUGAAUGAAAACGAAAAGAAGACUGUGAAAAUGAUGAACCAAAAGGGUGUAUUCAGAGUGGGCUUCAUCGAGGAGGUGAGGGCGCAGAUCCUGGAGAUGCAGUACAUCCAGGGCAAGCUCAGCAUGUUCGUCAUCCUGCCGUCUCACUCUGCGGACAACCUGGCGGGCCUGCAGGAGCUUGAAAAGAAUAUCACCUAUGAAAAAAUAGUGGCCUGGAGCAGUUCAGAAAAUAUGUCAGAAAAGAAAGUAGCUGUCUCCUUUCCCCAGUUCACCCUGGAAGACAGCUAUGAUCUCAAUUCUAUUCUCCAAAACAUGGGCAUCACGGAUAUCUUCGAUGAAAAGAAGGCUGAUCUCACUGGAAUCUCUCCAAAUCCCCAGUUGUACCUGUCUAAGGUUGUCCACAAAACCUUCGUGGAGGUGGAUGAGAAUGGCACCCAGGCCGUCGGAGCCAGUGGGGCUGCCGGCAGCGUGAUGUCUGCACCAUCCUGGGAGACCUUUGAUGCCAACCGCCCUUUUCUCUUUUUCAUCAGACACAACAAAACCCAAACCAUUCUCUUCUAUGGCAGGUUCUGCUCCCCUUGAAAGGAGCACGCUGUCUAGUUCCGGGAAGCUGGAAGAACAUGGCAGUGCAAUCCGCCCCUGGCCCAGCGUGGCCUUUUGUGCUUAAGCUACUAUCUAGAGCCGGUGGAAUUUCAUCACAGCACCAUGCUCCCUUCCUCCAGCCACUGGCCUGGGCUUUUCCCCCUCUUUUCCCCACCCUGUAGCUGAUUUUCAUCUAAGUCCAUUAGCGUCCAAGGGCCCUUUCUCCCUCCCUCACCUCUUACCACGCUGAGCUUUCAAGCAUAUAAAAAAAGUUCACCCUCUGUGACCUGAAGGUCAACAUCAUGGACAAUAAUACUGACUUUAAGUUACCCACUUCCUCAUGAGAGAAUCCCGAAAGCUCAAAUCAUUAGACCACUUCUAGGAGAUGGCAAAUUCAGAAAGCACUGUAAUGUGGGUGGCAAGAGAGGAUGGUUAAGUGGAAUGUGUUUUGGGAACCUGGCUCUGUCUCUAGGGCAGUUAAAAUUGUGGUGCAUCCCUGAGCAAGAUGUGUCUUCCUCUUCCAUCUUCUGCUGCCCGAGAGAUGCCCCAUAAGGGGCUUCUUCUCACUUGGGAGGAAGCAGGGGUUGAGGGUGGAUUUCAGCGAGAGCUCAAAGGUGUAAAACUGCACCAACCAGCACCCAUCUUGCACAGAGAAUAUUUCCUGUGAAUUUGGCCACGUUUGGGUUUGCAUAUUCAUCUACUUUCUUUGUUUGGAGCGUCAGAGUCAGGCCACACAUGGAGAAACACACUGUCACCCUCUAGCAGAGCUACACUGGAUUGGGAGCUCUUGAUUCUUUGAUCUUUUCCCACCGGCAAGACUGACCCUUCAAUAAGGCAGGCAGAGGCGCUGCCGUAACUGCUAGAAAACCAACCAGAGCAUGAAACUCCAGGGAGAGAACUCCUCCACGGUUAGCUCAGCUCCUCCGUCCAGCAAUGUUGCAGGACAAGCACAGCAAAGGAGAUUUCAAAACAGUUGAUUCAUUUGUGCCGACUAGCCAGCUCUUUAAUUCCAGGUUCUGGAGUUCUGUUUUACUCAACCCAAGUCCUCGCUGUGAUUCCAUACAUUAUCUAAUAUGUAACUCCCCUUCAAACCCCGCCCCCCACCCAGUUUUUCCUGGAGCUGCCCAGAACACGUGUGGUUUCAUCCCUGAUGCUGUUUAUUUCUCUUUAUUACAGCGUCAUUAACCUGUGGCACAGGUCCCGUACCUGGGGUGGCAGGAGGAAGGAGUGUGUAGUUGUCUUAGUGGAUUCCUUUGUUCCGCAGCUGAAUGAAUGCCAACUUCAUCCAUGCUGCUCACGCUGUAUUCUCGUUUUCCCCAAGCCACUGUCUUGGUCUUUUCUUUCACUCAAUAAAAUAACACCAAACUUAU